AUGGUGUACAGAAAUGCUUCCAUGCAAGACGACACAAUUCGUAAAGGUCCUUGGGUUGAAGAGGAAGACGAGCGGUUAGCCAUGUUCGUAACUAUUAUGGGUGAUCGUCGAUGGGAUUCUAUAGCAAAAGCUUCAGGACUUAAGAGGAGUGGAAAAAGUUGCAGACUUCGAUGGAUGAAUUAUCUGCGCCCGGAUCUUAAACAUGGUCAGAUGACUAUCGAAGAAGAGCAUAUGAUUCUUCAACUUCAUGAACGCUGGGGCAACAAGUGGUCGAGAAUUGCUCGUAGGUUGCCAGGAAGAACUGAUAAUGAGAUUAAAAACUACUGGAGAACUCAUCUGAGAAAGAGAGCUCAAGAACAAGAACAAGAGAAGGUGCAAAGAGAGAUAGAAAUUGCCAUGAGCAGUAAGCCAGAAAAGACUAUGCUAAGACAAGAUAGUGAUUUAAGCUCUCAAUCAACUACUACCUAUGAAUCUAGUAAUGGGUCUGGUGAGGACAAUAAGAUGACGAUGUCAGAGGAUGUCUUUGUUUCUUCGGAUUACCCAUUUACAAUGUCACCUUAUGAAAGUCGGUUAUCAGAUUGGAUAUCGGGAUCAUCCUCAAACAACCAAACAGAUACGUUUAAAGAUCAGAAUGUGAGCAGUGUUGAGGAUUCUUGGUUCCGUUACCCAGCAGCUGGAGAGACUGAUGGUAUAUGGGGAAAUUGUUCAGCCACUCUCUGGAACUGGUAG